AUGGCAGCAGCAGAAAUUCUUUUGAAGACCAAUUUUCUUUCUGAUGCCGCUCAUCUUUUACGGUUUGCUGCUCCAGAGACGUCUGCGUAUCUAAUGAGCGACUGCGCCGACCAUCUUUCCAAGCAAGGCUCGUGCGUCUCCGACAUUUAUCGACAGCACGUCUGCACAGCUUGCGGCCACAUCAUGAUUCCUGGGCAUGCGACAGAACUUAGACUCGAAGCUCGAAGAUCCUGUCGCCAGAAGAGCACGUCCCAUAGAAACGGCGCCGUUACGGCACCAACGAGCCCAAGCAAAAUCUUGGCAUGUGGCCAUUGCAAAAGUGUUACGAGAAUUCGGCUUGCCGCGCCAGAUAAGGCUGCACGCACCAAGGCAUCGAGGAGCAAGAAUGAAACUAUUCCUGGACCGAGCAUCGAGAAACCAAAACCUAACACCAAUGCCAGCAGCAAGAAGCGAGCAAAGAAUCGCAAAGCUGGCCUGCAGGCGCUGCUGUCAUCGCAGCAGAAGCCUUCCGCUGGGCUGAGCUUGGCCAGUUUUAUGAAGUGA